AUGGUGACCUGGUGAGUCAGUACACGGACGAUCUGGAGACCCAGCAUGCCUUUGCAAAGGAGGCUAUAGACACCGUCUUCCCCUCUAACAUUAGGUGUGUGUGUGUGUGUGUGUGUGUGUGUGUGUGUGUGUGUGUGUGUGUGUGUGUGUGUGUGUGUGUGUGUGUGUGUGUGUGUGUGUGUGUGUGUGUGUGUGUGUGUGUGUGUGUGUGUGUGUGUGUGUGUGUGUGUGUGUGUGUGUUUAACUAUACUUGUGGGGACCAGAAGUCCCCACAAGAAUAGUAAACCAAGAAAAUGUUGACCAACUGUGGACAUUUUGUUGGUCCCCAUAAGGUCAAAUGCUAUUUCUAGGGGAUUUAGGGUCAAGGUUAGAAUUAGUGUUAGGGUUAGAAUUAGGUUUAGGGUUAGGUUUAGGAGAUAGGGUUAGGUUUAGGAUUAGGGUUAAGGUUAGGUUUUUGGGUUAAUGUUAGUUAGAGUAAAGGUACGGGUUAGGUUUGAGGUUAGGGAAAAUAGGAUUUUGAAUGGGACUGAAUUGUAUGUCCCCAUAAGGUUAGCAGCACAAGACGUGUGCGUGCGUGCGUGCGUAUAUCGGAGGGGCUACGUACAGCUAUUAGCAUCUUCAAGUCAUCGCUGAAAAACACUUCCUUAGCAUUAGCAUCUACUCACUGCCAUAGAGAUCCUCUGGUCACAGCUGAAACACUUCCUUAGCGUUAGCGUCUGUAUUUAACAAAGGGGUUCAUUCAUUAGUGGCAUAACAAAGUCUUCUUCUUCUUCUUCCAUCAGGAUUCUUCAAGGGGUCCUUGAGAAGAUCAGGUUGAAGAUUCAGAGAGUGGAGAAGGCGAUCCUGGCCCAGAGAGAGGAAUGCAAGGAGCCAUGCACCGUCUCCUGCCCCAUACCUGUUGUCUCUGGUGAGGAUGCAGACUGUUGGCGGUUGGUUCUGUGUGUGGAAAUGUAGCGGAGGUCAGUCUGACUCGUGAUGAGGUGGCACUGCCUGUCACUUCAAAAUCACUGUCACCCUUGGCCCAAUAGGGAAUUUCCUCUUAGCCUAAUGGUUAAGACGUUGAUUUCCCAGGCGGGAGACCGGGCUUCAGAUCCCACCCCGUGACAUAAGACUAAACUUGUCUGUCCUCCCUCCCUCCCCCCUCCCUCCAGGUAAGGAGUGUGAGGACAUCUUCAGGAAAGGAGGAAGGGAUUCUGGGAUGUAUCUGGUCCAGCCUGACUCCUUCUACCCGCCCUACAAGGUCUACUGUGACCAGACCACGCAGAACGGAGGUGGGGUGGUUGUCUGUUUCUCUCUCACUCACUCCAGCCCUGCUUCUAUAUAUCUAUUGCUUUUCAAAUGUAUGAGGGGGGAGUGUAAACGUGCACGCUUUUGGAGAAGGGAGGGAGAUCGUUUAACGCCAUCAAAUUUUCUAUCCAUUUAUUCCUCUCUUCUCUCUCGCUCGCUCUCUCUUCUCUCCUCUCUAUCUCUCUCUCUCUCUCUCUCUCUCUCUUUUCUCUCUCUCUCUCUCUCUCUUCUCUCUCUCUUCUCUCUCUCUCUCUCUCUCUCUCUCUCUCUCUCUCUCUCUCUUCUCUCUCUCUCUCUCUCUCUCUCUCUCCUCUCUCUCUCUCAGGCUGGACCACUAUUCAGAACAGGAAGGAUGGUUCUGUAGACUUCGGCCGACGUUGGGACAACUACCGCAGCGGUUUCGGGAAUAUCGCCUUCGACGUCGGGAAGGGACACUGCAACACUCCAGGUGAGAGAAAACAAACCAUGAAAAAUAGGAUAUGAAUAUACUAAAAUGGAAAUAUAUGGAAACAUACUACAGACAAUUGAAUCUAUAUAUUCAGGAGGUAAACUCCAACUCCACUUUUUCUCAAUAAUAAACUUAAAGUCAUGAUGUCACCGACCGUGUGUUUGUCCUGUGUCACGUGACAGGGGAGUACUGGCUGGGUAAUGACCGCAUCAGUCAGCUGACCAAGCAGGGUCCCACUGAGGUCCUCAUGGAGAUGGAGGAUUGGUCCGGAAACAAGGUCCACGCCCAGUACAAACAGUUUACCAUACAGGUAACACGGCCAAUAGAAACAGCCGCAUGGCGUUCUAGAACUCCAAACUCUGGGGUUGGGUUACUGGGAAAGCACUUUGCACAGAAGAUGAUGUGAAUAAUGCUAAUUAAAAUCCUGAUUAAUUGAUUGAUUGAUUGAUGGUAUUGCAGGGCGAGACGUCAAACUACGUAAUGGCGAUCAAUGGGUACUCUGGUACGGCCGGUAACGUGAUGCUGGAGGGAGCUACGGGGCUGUAUGGAGAGAACCGGACCAUGACCAUCCACAAUGGAAUGAUGUUCAGCACCUACGACAGGGACAACGAUAACUGGUAUGGGAGGGCUGUUAAACCCAAUUCCCAGAAGGUCGUGUGUCUGCUGGUUUUAGUUAUUUUCUUUACAUUUGUGUCCAAUUAAGACCUAGACAACCAGGUGAGGGGAGGUCCUAACUAAUCAAUUAAGACCUAGACAACCAGGUGAGGGGAGGUCCUAACUAAUCAAUUAAGACCUAGACAACCAGGUGAGGGGAGGUCCUAAAUAAUCAAUUAAGACCUAGACAACCAGGUGAGGGAGGUCCUAACUAAUCAAUUAAGACCUAGACAACCAGGUGAGGGAGGUCCUAACUAAUCAGUGAUCUUAGUUGAUCAAUCAAGUACAAGGGAGGAGUGAAAACCCACAGACACACAGCCCUCCAAGAAUUACAUUUGGUUUAGGGAUUGUUGUUCAGUCAAUCAAAACAUCUCUCUCUGUGUCUGUCUCCUUCACCCCCUCCCCUCUCCCUCACCCCCUCCCCACUCGCCCAGGCCCCCACGCCAACCCUCCGCACCCAACUCUCAGCUCCCCCCUCGCCACGCUCCACGCGCAUGACCCCCCAUCGCCAGGCCAUCUCCCACUCUCCAACUCCCAUCAACCACCCCUCUCCACUCUCAUCUCCCCCUCUCCACUCCCAUCUCCCUCCACUCCCAUCUCCCCCCUCUCCACUCCUAUCUCCCCCCUUUCCACUCUCCAAUCCCAUCUCCCCCCUCUCCCCUCCUCCUCAACCCUCCUCCCUCCCCCAUCCCCUCUCCCCUCUCCCCUCUCCAUCACCUCCUCCCCCUCCCCUCUAACAGGACUCCAGGUGACCCGUCCAAGCAGUGCUCCCGUGAAGACGGCGGUGGCUGGUGGUACAACAGGUGUCACUCAGCCAAUCCCAACGGCCGUUACUACUGGGGCGGGGCUUACACACGGUACAUGGCAAAACACGGGACGGAUGACGGGAUGGUGUGGAUGAACUGGAAGGGAUCCUGGUACUCUCUCAAAGCCAUCUGCAUGAAGAUCAGGCCCUACUUCGCCUCGCGGUAGACACACAGAGAGAUACACAGGGAGAUACACAGGGAGAUACACAGGGAGAUACACAGGGAGAUACACAGGGAGAUACACAGGGAGAUACACAGGGAGAUACACAGGGAGACACACAGGGAGAUACACAGGGAGAUACACAGGGAGAUACACAGGGAGAUACACAGGGAGAUACACAGGGAGAUACACAGGGAGAUACACAGGGAGACACACAGGGAGAUACACAGGGAGAUACACAGGGAGAUACACAGGGAGAUACACAGGGAGAUACACAGGGAGAUACACAGGGAGAUACACAGGGAGAUACACAGGGAGAUACACAGGGAGAUACACAGGGAGAUACACAGGGAGACACACACACACACACGACAAGGGACACAUGACCACACACUAGGGCAGUGUUUCUCAAUC